AUGGAUAUUAUUUACCUGUCAUCAAAUGGACGGAUACAAACACCGAAGUCUCUUGCUCUGGGUCUUACAUUGCGACAAUUGACUGGAUCAACAACAAUUUCUAACCUUUUGCACAAGUUUGGACACUGUGCAUCCUAUGACUCUGUAGUUCGAUACGAAACUGGCUUAGCAAUACAGCAAAUGGAAACAAAUAAAACAGUCCCCAAAGGCUUUCGCCCAGGAGUAUUUACUGUUACAGUAUGGGAUAACAUUGACAUGGAUGAAGAAACCUGGUCUGGAAGUGGUACAACGCAUCACACAAACGGUAUAUUAGUACAACCUUCUGUCUCAGAAUUUGAACAGCAAGCAACUUCCCUUAACAUAAAUAGGUCUCAGAGAACGCUUCAAGUAGAGCCUGUUCAUAUUGAUCAUUACCGGCUUACAUCUCGUGAAGGUCCUCAAGAUUUAUCACCUGAGAUAUCUAUUGGUACAUCUACCAUUAAGACAAAUCGAAUUGUUGCUGACCAAAGGAAAGAUUUUGGAUUUAUAAUGAUUAAGUACUUAAAUCAAACCACUCAUCUUCUACCUGGUUGGACUGGAUACAAUCAACUUCUGCAGCAUCAUUCCAUACUGCACAAGUCUGCUAUUCAUUACUUGCCAGUGAUUGAAGCAUCUCCCACAGAGUAUUCGACUGUGAACAUGAUUCUUACUAACAGUGUUAAACUGGCAAAUCAAUUGCAGCUAUAG